AUGUAUUUAAGUAUAACUGGUUUCUUAUUUCUAACUAUAAGUAUUAUUGUUCAAUCAGUACCUGUGAAACCCAUUGACAAACUCAUUCCAUCGUCUGAAAAGGCUCCUUCUGAGUCUAUCGAUCCGUUAAAAUCAUCAACGAGUACAAUUACACCUGCAAAAAAGCACGAUAUUAACAAUAUUAAGAAAAAACGUUAUGCUGAAGAUUAUAAUCAAUUCGAUGAAUUCAUGGAUGAUGAUAGUGAUGAUGAUGACGAUGAAGAUGAUAUCAAAAUUGAACAUAAAUUGCAUGCAAAAAUAAAAGAAACACCUGCACAAAUUCAUGAUAAUGCCGACAAACCAGUUGAUACUGACGAUUCAAAAAUAUUUUCUGAUAUUCAAAUGAAUCCAAAUGAAUUAACAAAUUUUGCACGUAAACGUCGUAAUAUUAAUUUAAAUAGUGAAUCUAUUCAAAGACGUAAACGAGCUUUAUCACCAUAUGAUUUAUAUAAUACUGAUCCGUUAUAUGAUUCAUAUAUCGAACGACAACAAUUUAUUCGUCCGUCACGAAAAUUCGAAUCACUUUAUUGGAACCAACCGUCUUUCUAUGAACGAAGUAUUCGUUCAGCAUUAUAUGAACAACCGGAAUGGAAUAGAAUCUAUACAGAAGAUCCAUAUGAAAACGAUUAUAAUGAUGAAAAUCAAGAUUUAUCCUUCUAUGAUGAUGACAAUGAUAGUGAUGAAGAAUAUGAACCUUAUCUUAAUUUAUUAGAGUCAGCCAGUAUUCCAUUCGAUAAUUUACAAUUACAACAAAAAUAUAAUACAGACAAUUUAUUAAACAAUGACGAUGAUGAUGAUGAGGAUGAAGGACUCUUCCCUAUAAGAUACGAUCCUUUUAAAUAA